GAGAGAGAGCAGCAGUGAAAGAGGCCGACUGACAGACUGAGAGAAAAGAGAGAGAGAGGGAGAGAGAGAGAGAGAGAGAGAGAGAGAGAGAGAGAGAGAGGGAGAGAGAGAGUGAGUCACCAAAUAGCUUGCGCUCUCACUGUCGGUUUUAUUCCAACCACGGACAGCUGCCGUGAUCGAGCCAGAGAGGAAAAGAGAAAAAGAGAGAGAGAUUUCACAGAAAGAGAAGAGAAGAAAGAGAGUUAAGGAGACUGUGUGUGUGUGUGUGUGUGUGUGUGUGUGAGAGAGAGAGAGAGAGAGAGAGAGAGAGAGAGAGAGAGAGAGAGAGAGAGAGAGAGAGAGAGAUGGAUUCAGAUUCGGGUGAGCUGAGUGAAGGAGAACUUUCUCCAGGAUUUGAGUGUUUGGAGUGUGAGACGCAACACAGAGCCGUGAGAGCUGAUCAUGCUGGGCCCGAGAUCUUCAACUCGAAGAAUCUGGCCCUGCAGGCUCAAAAGAAGAUCCUAAGCAAGAUGGCGACGAUGGCAGUGGCCAACCUGCUGACGGACGACACGAGCAGCUCCAUCUUGGACGAGCUGUACAAGGCAAGCCGAGAGUUCACCAAGAGCAAGAAGGAGGCACACAGCAUCAUCCGCGACGUCAUCAAGAUUGCACUGAAGCUCGGCGUGCUCUACCGUAACCGCCGCUUCAGCACCGACGAGCUCGAGGCGGUCGAGCGCUUCCGCAAGAAGCUGAACCAGGCAGCCAUGACGGCCGUGAGCUUCCACGAGGUGGAGUUCACCUUCGACUGUGGCAUCCUCUCUCAGCUGCUCCUCGAGUGCCGGGAUCUACUCCACGAGAUUGUGGAGAACCACCUGACAUCACGCUCACACGCACGCAUCGACCGGGUCUUCAACCACUUCUCCGACGUCCAAUUCCUGGCCGAGCUUUACGGCUCGGGAGACGAGUACAGACUCUACCUGAGCAAAAUCUGUGACGGGAUAAACAAACUUCUGGAUGAGGGGAUACUUUAGUGACCUCCUGACUUUUCCCUUGUUUCUCCUCUUUCUCCUGCUCUCCUGUUUCUACCAGACUGCCAGUCGAUCUUCUCCAAUUUUUCUGUCCUGUCUAAUUCUUCAUCCCGACUCCACUCCAUGACUAUGAUUCAGACAGGCUCCGCUCUCACACCUAACAGAUGUUCUUCUAUCGGCAAAAAUCACACACGCGGUCACUGAUACACACGGGUCAUGGCACCGGGGGGGACCGAGUUCCAGUACCAUUCUGAAAUAAUGAAGCCAUGUGGAUUGUGUUCACUUCAAUCCUUAAAUGUCAGGAGAAACAUUUUGGUAGCUUAGAGUUCUAAGUGAUGGAGUGACUCCGAUGUUUAUUUUCUCUCAGCAAUUUCCACCUUUUAUUUAUUAAAGAAAGUUCGCGAAACGAGUUCCAGUUCUCUCUUACGAUCUAGCAUAAAGAGAGGUUCCGUCUCCAGCGCCUCUCUUUGUUCUCUCUCUUCAGCGUAAUCAGAUAAAAAUACGCCGAUCGUUACAAAUGCUAACAUACGAACGGCAAAGGAUUGUAAAGAAAACUUGGAGUUCCAGCUUUACCUUGGACUGUUACACAGCCCUGACACUGGAGACUCCUUCCGCACGUUAAAGCUCAUACACGUCCAUGCGAAUGAGCUGUUACUAUAGAAACCGUAAGGUGUCGUUGUAAGUGCGUUAAUAUAAACCUGUUCAGCUGUAAGAGCUGCUGUUCUAGAAAAUGACUCCACACCUUCUGACCAAUCAGAGUGCAGAACUCAGAUUAAGGUGAAAGUGUGACAGUAGAGUCUGAUAUUGUAGAAUUAUGGGAUGUUAGAAAGCAGUCGAUAUCCAUGUUAUUACCACAUGAACUCCAUGCCUUAAUACUCGUUAGAAUAGUUCAUUCCAAUCCCAUCUCAUCUCAUCUCAUCUCAUCUCAUCCCUCUUCCUUCACUUCCUGCACCUGAGCGACAGCAUGAACAAUCGCCUUGACGAUGGCGUGCUUUAGCCACUUUCUACUCUCCUCUCUCAUCUCUCCUUCCUUUCGGUCUCUCUGCUACAGUCCUAAACUUUUAUCAUUUAUAUAAUUUCCUUUCCUGAAUGAUUUCAGACCGGAGUUUCGGCUGGUGUUCUCCUCUCAUCCUCUCUGUCUCCCUGUCGUGGAAAAACAUGCUGUUGUUUCUUUAUUCCUCUGACUGCAGAGGAAAGACAGUACGGUCAAAAUGCUAUGAUGUUGUUUGUAUCCAAACCUCUGUGUGUGUGUGUGUGUGUGUGUGUGUGUGUGUGUGUGUGUGUGUGUGUGUGUGUGCGUGCGUGCGUGCCUGUUUUAAGCUUCUGUUUUCAUCGCAUGCAAUGAAAAGCGAUGCGAGACAAGAAAGUGGCUUUAGCUUGUGUGUAUUGCUUGUGCGUGUGUCUGUGUGUGGUGUGUGUAUGUGUCGUGUGUAUGUGUGGUGUGUGUGUUUAAGAAGCGAAUUCAAAUAAAAACUGUUAGAUUUAAAAUAGAAAAUCCAGUGUCUCAUUUUCAGCACACAGCAAACCUGCUCUAACGCUCCUGAUCAGAGGUCAGAUCAUACAGCACGGGUUCUUCAUGUGUUCUUCAUGCAGUUCAAACAGGAACAGAGAUGACAGUACCACAUGUUCAUGUGCUCUGUACGGCUUACAGCUCGAGGGUCAUACGUAGGGCUCUGUAUACAUCCUUUUUUGUUGGAAAAAAAACAAGACAGUCCGUGUUUAGUUACGGUUUAGAGUUCUAAGUAAGUCAUUGGUACAUUUUUCUUCUAAGGUUUCUAGUUCCAGGUCAUGUUGCACUUAUAAAACACUGCAGGGUUUUACAAGGAACCUUUAAAGAUUUUGGCUGGAUGGACAACCAAAGUUCCAGGUUGGAUUUUUUUUCCCUGCACAAAAAAAAAACAGGAAACCAACAGAGACCUGGUUCUACUUCAGGGGCUGAUGGGAAAAAUAUCAUUAAAAAUUGAUCUGCUUCUGAAGGCUCUGGUAUUUCACGAAUGCUGAGGCUCUGAUGUGUGUGUGUGUGUGUGUGUGUGUGUGUGUGUGUGUGUGUGUGUGUGUGUGUGUGUGUGUGUGUGUGUGAAAUCUUCUGCACUAUCUUUCAUUAAACAGUCUUUUUGAACUCA